CUCGGUUGCCAUCGGUUGGGCGGCGCCGACGACGCAUGCUCCUUGGACCCCUCGACCUUCUUCUCCGAGCAACCAGGAAGCAUGGGCCAAGUACACGCGACCUGCGGCGACAGCGAGAAGGCGCGCCGCCUCGACGCGCGCUGGGGCCGCGUGACGCUCGAGCAGCUAAGCGACGAGGCCUUCCUCACCAAACAGUUCCGGCGGUCGGGCUUUGCAGCGACGUACAACCAGUACCAGCGCCAUCGCAUGCAUCUACUCGUGUCCAAGCCCGACGACGACGCCGACGCCGAGACCCACGAAGCAGACGACCUGGCACUGGGCGACGCCGUCAUGGCCGUCGUGGACCAGGACCCGACGCUCCUCGCCCACUUUAGCAUCCACCGCCUCCGAGACAUCUUCGUGCGCAGCUGCGAGAUUGUCGACCCGUUCCUCACCAAGCUCGAGCUGCAAAAGUUCCUUCUGCGCUCUGCCCACGACGCGCUCUCGUCGCGCGCGGGUGCGCGUGCGGAGACCACCGAGAGCGCUACAGUUGCUCUCAGCAGCGCCAAAGGCCGGAACAUGCCCCACGAUGCUCUCCUCGGCGUCCACGUUUUCCUCGCACUUGUCGCCAGCCUCCAUGAGCCCGACAUGCGCGAGGGCCGCGCCCAGCUGCUCUUGGACAUGGUCCCGCUGGUGCAAAUGUUGUCGCCGCUCGCCCUCGCGCCGACACCGCCGGGGAAGGGUCGCAUCCGCACCGAGUCGCCCGACGCGCUUCUCGUGAUCGAGCGUCUCCAGCAUUUCCUCCUCGACAUGUGUGCCGAGCCCGGCGACGUGAGCAGCGUCGCGAUGCAAACGCUACUGCAUCUUGCGAUCGCGCGCGGCUCCGUGAGCACCUUCUUGCUCGCGAUUCGCGUCUUGCUGAGCGCAACGGACGCCGCCUGCGACGCCGCUACCGACAUCAAGAAGGUCGAGUUGCUACCCGAUGAGAGCUUGCUCGACGACGACCUCGGGGCUCUCGACGUGAAAUCGCUCCGCAAGCUGCCGCGCGUCGGACCGCUUCUCCGCGACUCGGACGAGAUCGUCAUGACGGCGCAGCUCAAGAAGAAGGCCAAGAGCAUUAGCCCCGUGCACCCGAUCUCGGGGCCAACGUCAUCUAGCCCGAGUCCGAAGAAGAACAACGUCCGCGACAAGCCGCUCAAAGCGGACACGAGCCUCGCGCCGCGGCCGAGCCGGUUUCAGUCGCUUGAGAUCGAGCCGAUUGUGUCGGUGCUGCGCGCGGCGACACCGCGCGAGUCAGCCGACGCUGGCGUCGCGGUUGACGACGAGGACGAGCGCGAGGUGUGGAGCUGCGGCCAAAACUCGUACGGGGAGCUCUCUCAUGGCGACACCAAUCCGCGACGCGCGUUUGAGCGCAUCGAGACGCUGCAAGGCAAGGGUAUUGUGCAAGUCUGCGCCGGCAACGAGCACACGGUCGCCUUGAGCGGAGACGGCACCGUGUUCACGUGCGGCUACAACGACAACGGGCAGUGCGGCCAGGGCACGACGACGCGCGUCGCGUCCAUGACACCGAUUUCCAAGCUCGACGCGGGUUUCGAGCACGGCGUCAGUCAGAUCCACGCUUACAACGGGUGCGAGCACACGGUGAUUGUCAACGGCGAUGGUGCGGCUGCGGCGUUCGGGUACAACUACCGCGGCCAGCUCGGGCUUGGGUCCACGACCAGCGAGAGCGUGCCCAAGGUGCUGCGAGGGCUGGACAUGACAAAGCGCGUCAAACUCGUCUCCUGCAGCUACUACCACACGCUCCUGAGCGUCGACGGCGAUGCGGUGUACGCCUUUGGGCGCAACGACUACGGGCAGCUCGGGCACAACGACACGAUGGACCGCCGGUCGCCCGCCCCUGUCGACGCACUCGCCAACGUCCCGCUGAGCUCGGUCGCGUGCGGCCAAUACCACAGCACGGUCGUGACAACGUCCGGCGUCAUCCUCGCGUUUGGGAAGAACGAUUACGGCCAGCUCGGCGUCGACGGCAUCGAGAACCAGCUCGUACCAAUGGUCGUCAAGAGCGGCCUCGAGCGCUUCGUGUGCACCGAGGUUCGCUGCGGCUACUACCACACGAUUGCACUCUGCGUCGGUGGCCACGUUUACGGAUUUGGCCGCAACGACUAUGGACAGCUCGGCAUCGGCGAGGCUGCAAAUGCCCAGCAGCGCAUCGCGGUUCCGACGCUCGUGCCCGAGCUCGAGGGAAAAGACAUUGUCCGCAUCGCCUGCGGCUGCUACCACACCCUCGCGGUCGCCGACAACGGCAUGCUGUACGCCUUUGGGCGCAACAACCACGGCCAGCUCGGGACAGGGGACACGAACGAGCGGGUCGUGCCAACGCCGAUCGACGCCUUUGUGGGCAAGCGCAUCGCGAUGGUCGCGGCCGGCUUUUACCACACGGUGGUGCUCACGGGCGGAAAGGACGUGGCCGAGCUAACGCCCGCCGAGUCGGUGCUCGAAGCAACAGACAGCAGCGCGUUUACACCCGAGGCGGUGCUGGCCGACAUGGCGGCGUUCGUGGCGCCAGGAAAACCAAAGCCGCCGCCGCGCACCGCGUCGCAGCCGCUCCGCGCCCUCGUGGACCCGUCGUUUGACCUGGAUCCGGAAGACGAAGAGGCCGAGGCGUCGCUCGUAGCGCCCGAGCGCCCGCCGCCGACUGCCGCGUUGGGCCACGUGCAAGCCGCCGUGUGCCUCCUCGCCCACUUGGAUCGACUCUCGCGCGCGUUUGCGCCACGCCGACAUGUGUACCCGUCGCUCGCGGCUCCGACACCCAAGGAAGGCGCGGCCGGGCGCUUCGAAACCUACUGCGUCGACGUCCAUAGCUCGACGUUCCUCGCGGUCGCCGACAUCAUCACGCGCGGGUGUCUCGGGCGCGACGGCGAGGCGGCGCAGACCCAAGUGUACAUUCUAUUGGCGUCGCUUCGGGUGCUGCAGGCCAACGUGACGCAGCUCGUGCGCUGCGGUCUCGGGAAGCGCCUCGUCGCUACACAAGCGCUCGUCGAGAAGGAGCCCGAUAUGGAGAGCCUCCGGAGCGCACUGCACCGAGUGCAUGCGGUGUUGAUCUCGCUCAUCGACGUGCCAAAAAGCUUGCGCGACGGCGACAACCACGCGGGCGUCGUCGACGGCAAGAACCAGCUCGUGACUGCGGCUGUCGAAACCUUGCUCAUCGGCUUUGAGCUCUUCUACCCGUGCCAGUGCACCCAGACGUCGGUGAUCUUCUCGGUUCUAAAGGACACGGCACCGGUCAUGGUGGCGGGCGGGUGUGCGUGUGGUGCCGGGACGCCGCCACCGAUCCCGCGCAACCGAAAGGUCGUGCUCGAGCCACUUCUCCGGCGCAUGGCAGAUGACGCAAUCCUCGCGCAGUUCAUACCUCAGUCACCACAGGCGGGGACCGAGAGCUUGGAGAGUCUGGCGAGCGUUCUGGUCGAGCGAAUUGGGGUGCAGACGAUGGCGCUGCUUGCCAAGUCGGAGAAGGACGAGCUUCGCAGUGCCGACGCCGCCUUCCGCCCGUACGUUGUGCUGUUGAACGCGAUGCAAAAGCAGCUCGCGAGCUGGGCCGGCAAUGUCGAGUCGUGGACGCGGACAACUGUCGACAUGCCCGUGCUCGACAGCGUGUUUCGCCUGACGCCGGACGCCGCCGGGCGUCUUCCCCGUGGCUGGCGCUGCUACAUUGAGUUUAUAACCACGGUUUUCGAGCACUGUACGAGUGCCAUCAAGACGGUGAGUGUCCAGACUAGAGUGCGCGACGACGUCCUCGAACUUCUUCGCGUCUCGAUGGUCGGCACAGUCUUGCCGGCGCUCGCCACUACGCAUUUGCUUCUCUGUGACCGCCCCCUCUUUGCCAUUGCGCUACUAACCCCGCUGUUGGACCUUCUCCGCCUUAUUGACGGCCUGAACGCCCGGCUCGCUGUGGUGCGCGAGGCCGAGCGUCACUACAUGGAGGCGCUUUGGCUGUACCAGGCGCCGCAGCCGCCGGCGACCGCGUCGUUGGACCUCGUACACAACUUGCAUUGGCUCCUCACGCUUCAGAAACUGCUUGCGCAGGUGGCGAGUACGAUGACGCACACGCUCUUGCUCGGAGAGAGCGCGCAGACGACCCCGGCAGUGGACGAGACGGCGCUCGCGUGGCUGAGCAGUCCGCUCUUUGCUCACGGGUUCGAGGCGCACGUGUUUGCUGCACUUGCCGAGCACGGGCGAGCGGUGCGCCACGCACCGCUGGCCGUUUCGAGUAUGACACUGCCGCUGCCGCCACCACAAUCCUGUGAUCGGCUCCGACUGCUGGUGCAGAUGCAAGACGGCGAACACGAGCGCCCGAGAGCGUUCUGCGCGUGGAUACGAGCCGCGUACGCCCGCGUCGACGCCAGCUACCGCUUCCUUCUCAAGGCAUCCCACGCCCUUGACGAGCGGCUCGAAAAUGCCUUCUUCGCCGUCCUCAUCAAGCGACACGACCUGACUGGCGACGCCGAGCUCUGGGCGGUGCGGUUUGCACCGGCAACCGCGCCCCCGCGACGACUGCUCGACCAGUGGCACUUUGUGGCCGACCUCUCACGCGGGUUUGCCCAGCUCAAGAAUGCGCUGCUAAACCAACAGGCGGCAUCGACGCUCGAUGACGUCGCGAACCUUCGAAGUCGCUUGCUCACAGCGACGCAGUUUUUGUUUACUCUGGCGAGUGACGUCGACGACGAGGCCACCGUCGUGACCAUGCCAUGGGACCCACCGACGACUAAUUCGACGACGUCCGAGACUGCGUUCUUGGCCCAACACCCGCGGUCACGCUGGCGUCGGGUGCGCUCGUUGCUGCACACGAUCGUCCGGUGGAAGCACGUGCUUCGUCCCCGAGGCGACAUCGUCGGCAAGGCUGCGAUUCGGUUUUUGCUCGCGGACGUCGACCUCUGCGGCCUGCAGCGCGCUCUCUUUGACCGGUGUCGUCGCGCGGCCUACCGAGCACGAGGCUUCGAAGCCGUCGUGACGCUGCUAUCGCACAUCACGCUGCAAAGCAGCGUCGUCGACGUGUAUGCGAGCGUCGGGCGCAGCCUCCGCGGUCCUCUUGAUGGCCGCGUACUCGUCGGUCUCGACGGCGUUGGUGCGUUCUACGAGGGCCUCGUGCGAGCUGCGUUCGGACAGCUUCUCUCGCGCAUCACAUCGGCGCUGUCGAGCACUUCCUUUGAAGACGAGCUCGUAUUUCGAACGCCUCUGCUCCUCGCCCUUUUGCAGUGCUGGACGAUCGCGAUCGAGCCGACAACGUACGACCUCGUCGCGCAUCUCGAGCUCGUGCCGACGCUGCACCGACUCCGGCGCGCGGCGACGGCGGCGCAAAAGCUCGCCAAGCCCGACGUACUCGGCUUUCUGCGCAGAAGCGACAGCGCGCUGUGGGCAGCGAUGCGGUACGUAUUCGCAUCGUUUGCGGCCCGGGCGACCGACCACGGCGCGCUUCAAACACCCAAGCGUCCGCUUCUCGCACGCUGUUUUGCUGUGCUCCAAAAAGAGGCCGAGCUGAGCUUGGCCCUGAUGGUCCCGGCGUUCAAGGUCGAGCACGACCUAAUCGUUGUGGCCGCCGGCGACGACGACAAGGUGGUCAAACGAAGCCAUGACGUGAUCACGUCACCAAUGUCCUUUGGCGGCCUCGACCAAGGCGUGGGAUCCGACUUGACACCGCUCUUGCCCCUGGGGCACGACUGCAACGACCUUAGUGUCACGUUCUGGAUCUACGUCGACGGCGCCAAAGCGAGCGCGGUCGCCAAGCAGUUUGUGUUUGCGCGCACCAGCCGACGUGACGUCGCUCCGUACUGCGUGCUGUACGAAGCCAACGACGGCGACGACGACAGCAGCGAGUACGUUGUCGAGAUCGGCGUCGUCGCCGGCGACGGCCACGACCGCCUCCAAGCCAUCGAGACGGCGUCGUCUAAAACGCCGCUGCUGCCCAAUCAGUGGUACCACGUCGGCAUCGUGCUCGAAGGCCCCAAGCUCCGGCUUUUCAUCAACGGUGCGCUUGAGAUUCAAAGGGUGCUCUCGGCAUCGGUCUCGCUCGUCGGCGCUGGCAGCGUUUGCGUCGGCAAGGCGGCGUCGCCUGUCGCCGAGAUGCUGAGCGUCCACACGGGGCUGCAAGGCAUGUUGGCGCAGGUGCGCGUGCACAGCCGGGCGCUCUCGGGCAUUCAUCUGCACAUAUUAUUUGACCAAGGCCCGCCACCGCUGUACACGGAGACGGACCACGGAUGCUAUCAGAUCGGAGCGCUGCUUCAGCUCUUGGCGCAGAGCAGCGAAGGCGCCGUCGAGCUCCUAUCGCCGCGUUGGCUGCGCGUCGUGCUUUGGAUGCUGCGCGGCGGGACCUACCGCGUCCAGCAGCAGGCGCUGCGCCUCUUUGCAAAGCUCCUUCCGCGCGUGCCGCCGGCGUCGGUGCCGUUAAGCCAGUUCUUCGUUGCCGACGGCGGGUCGCUCGUCCAGUACUUUGUACGUCUCGUCGGGUUUGGCCUCUGGCGCUUUCACGCCGUGCCAGGUGCCGGCCCCAAACUCGGCGUUGACUUUCCGCUCAACCUCGCCGCGCAUUCGCUGAGCUUCCUCGAGUACGCCGGUGACAACUGCUUGACGACCGAGACAGAGCGCAGCCUGCAUCUGGCCAUGGAAACGUGCCGCCUCCUCACGACGCUCGCCGCCGACGCAACGUGGGCGGAGGCCGUCGCGGAGCAUCUCGCAACCUCUCUGGAGGUUAUGAUGCGUCGCUGCCGCGAGUCGGCGGCUGCCGACGUCACGGUUGUCGGGAAAGCGCGGCUUGCGGCGGACGCCCUGGACGUUGCCGCGGGUCUCGGCGCACUCGCCGUGCUCGGUGGCGCCAUUGACACGGUGCGCAUCGGAGCUGUCAUGGAGCUCAGCCACGGGCGAGACCUCGGCACCGUCGUCGCGUUUGACCCGUCGCAGACGUUCGCCCAGCUCGUACUGCAGAAGAUCGCCACGACCACCGACCACGUGACGACGCAUGCAUCCUGGAGUGCCAGUGUCCACGCGACCCCCUUGAAUAUGGACACAUGGAAAGUUCUCCGCCUCAACGUCGACGAACUUGCCGUCUCGUCGUCCGACACGCAGCUGUCGACGCGGUUGCGUGCACUCCUGCUCCACGCGGCGUCAUCCAUAUGCAACGACGGAGCGAGCACGCCGUUGGGGCGUCAGAGCCAUGCGCGUGCGCUCAAAGCCUUGGCCGUGGCCGUGCGGUUCCAAGAGACAUCAGCGGAGCUGUUGCGGGCGCACCCGUCGCUCUUCCAAAGCCUCUUGAGCCUCGCCGUUCAAAGCGACGGGUCGUUGGAGUUCAUCACCCUGGCCGAGGCCGAGCUCAAAGCAGUGCUGUUGCGGCGACGGCAGUAUGAGCUCUCGGCAGCAGCGGUCGAGUCCACGACCAUAGCAACGACCCAACGAGCGGACACGUCCCGCGACCGGCCACCGACGGCGGUCGGAAAAGGGUCGGAAGACGACCUUGGCGACGACGAAGCGGACGACGAAGCGGACGACGAGGACGACGAGCGCAAUGGAGAGGACGACGAAGACGAGGACGAAGACGAGGACGAAGACGACGAGGACGAUGCCGACGUCCGCGCCGAGCUCGUCGAAGAGCUCUCACUCAUGGGGUUCCCGGAAGAUUGGUGCGUCAUGGCGCUCAAGCACACGAGCAACGACAUUCUAUCGGCAUCCGCGUGGAUCGUCGACAACCUCGACUACUUCAACUCGCUCCAGGCCGCCAAGGACAAGGAAGAGCGGGAAAAAGACGCGCGGCUGGACGUAAACGAAGAAGAGGACGAUGCGCCCGACGCAUUAUCGUCGUCGUCGUCGAGUGCCGUCGUCUCGCCGACGCUCCUCGAUGACGCGUUCGCAGACAAGGAGACGGGCCGCAAGGUGUUUGGCGAACUCUACUUCCCGUUCGAAGAAGGUGGGUUCCUCUCCAACUGCAGCCACCUCUUUCUCGACGCCAAGCUCGGGAAUGCGUCGCCGCCCCUCAACAUGCUCGAGAGCCUUUCGCGCUUCCAGCAAGAGCUCCGCGCCUGGAGCGCCACCGACGUGCUAGCUGCGGCUGCGGCCGCCGAAGCGUCGCUCAGCAUCCUCUACGCGCGCCAGAUUGUGGCCACCGCGCUCUCCCACGUCGCCUGGCUCCCGGCGAGCGACCUUGGAAUUCUGCUGCGCUUCUCCAAGACCGUGCUCUUCCGGGGGCCGCAGGUCGUCUUGCGACACGUGGACGCCGGUGUACGCUCAACGUUUGCACCCGACCGCGUCGUCGCCAGCCUCGUCACCGACGCACUGCACAAGCACCUACAGACGUUUGGCGCGCUGCUCUGCGAUGCGAUAGCAACCGAGCUUUUAGCUGCCUGCGAUGUCCGCUUUGAAGGGUACCUCUGGACGCAGCGCGACGUGCACCUCGGCGACGCUGCUGCUCUGCUCGAGCCCAGCAUUGAGUUUGCGGCGUGGCUCCUAGACCGGUUCUUUGCGCAACCAACUUGCUUUCAGGCCUAUUUGGAGACGACUCCGUCGCCGACUGACACUCUGCAGGCGUUGGUGCGGCGCCUUUUGCCGUGCUUGGCGAGCUCCAACUUGGCGCUCAAGCUCGUCGUGUUUCGGUGUCUCACGCUUUUGCUUGCCCACACGUCGUUCGCAGACGCCGCAGUGAAAGCGUCGCUCUGUGCGAUACCGCCACUGCACGUCGACUGUCUCCUCCUUGCCGCCCGACGCCGGCAUUUGCGCGAGAUUGCGCAGAACCGGCUGUACUUUUCGCCGUAUUUGCAAGGGCUCUUGGAGCUGGUUCGGGUUGUGCAGCCCCUUAGUGCUGGAUUGCCCUUGAGCCUGCAGCUGGUCGCUGCCACAGAGAUGUCGGUGACUGUCGCGUGGCCUUCGGGGGGCGACGACAACGAUGCGUUUGUCGUCGAAGCCGUCGACGCUGACGGCAACUACACUGAGUGGUACUCGGGUCGCGAUCUCCAAUGCACGCGCGUCGGCUUGCGUCCGCAAACGUCGUACGACUGUCGACUGCGGCGUGGCGCGGCGUCGACAACCACGGUCGUUGCCACCAAGUCUGCGCGUGACACGACCGCCGAGUCAGUGCCGUUCACGCUCGAUAAGAAAAAGUGCCGGAGCAGCGCGCUCACCUUCGGAGACGACGGGCUCGGCGUCGCGUACAGCGGCAACGAGGCGUGGCGCAUGGUACUCGGCUCGGAAGGCUUCGUCGUCGGCCGGCACAAGUGGCAAAUCAAAAUCGACAAGUCGUCGUCUGCGUACCUCUUCCUCGGCGUCGCGUCCAAGCGCGCGAACCUCGAGUCCUUCCUCGGGGCGGACGAGCACAGCUGGGGCUUUAUCGGGGACGGCGCGCUCUAUUACCAGCGCAACCGCCUCAAGACGUACGGCGACACGUUCGGCGAAGGCGACGUUAUCGGGCUCGACCUUGACUGCGACCUCGGGACGCUCUCGUACUCGAAGAACGGCGUCGAUCUCGGCGUCGCCUUUGACAACGUCAUCGGGGAACUCUUUCCCGCGGUCGCGUUCUACUCGCGCCACCAAAAGAUCUCGCUCGUCGCCAACGGGUUUGAGUGCAGCGUCGGCCUGACGCUCCACGGCUCUCCGAAGGAUGCGACCAUCGACGAGUACCUUGGCGUCUGUGCGGUCAUGGAGUGCAUGGUGCAGAGUGCUGCGUUGCAGCCACCGCUUCUGCUGCGGGCGUACGACGCCUACACUCAGUGGUGCAACGAGACACGCGCGCGGUGCAUGACACGCGCCGGCUACGAUCUCCUCUUUGACGUCUCGGACGCCACGUGCGCUCCGUUCGGCUUCAAAGCCCACGACCGGGUCAAGACCCCGCGCGGCAACGGCACGGUCGUUGGUGUGGCCGACGGACGGCUUUGGAUCGAAACCGAAGCCGAGGCGGGCUGCUGGUUCUACGACCCGAGCAAGGUGCGUCCGCGACAAAUCAACGUCCAGUCGGCCAGUGAGCCGUCGGCAACGGCCGCCAAGGCGCAGCCCGCCAUCAGCCUCGACGCGUUCGCGGCCUGCGCCGACUGCCACCACUGGAGCGUGGCCAAAGACGCAGCGCUGAUCGCAACGCUCAACGGCGUCUGUGGCCUCGGCGGGCCGAGCCCGUGGAACAUCUCGGUGGAGAAGGUCACGGAUGUGUUCCGCAGUGAGUCUUCGUCCGAGGCGGAGCUCGGGCGCAUCGUCUGCCGCGUUGCGCUGCUCAAGCUCUUCAACCACGACGUGUCUCGUACGAUCGGGUUCUUUGACUUGAGCUGGCACUACUUUGGGCCGCGCCAGAGCUUCCAGAACGCGUCGCUGCUUGCCGCCACGAAAGGCUCUCUCUUCGUCUCGCUCAAACUGGCACUGCUCGACACGCUUCUCGAGAAGACGCUGACGCACCCGAAGAAGGCCGAAGACGACUACGACUACCCCGAAGACCUCCCGCAGCUCGUGGUCAACCGCCCGAAAGCGGCUGUCGCCCACUUCAAGUCGGACCUCGAGACGCUCGUCGGCCAGAGUCUUUUCGGCCAAGCGUUUGACGAGCUCCAUUUUCUGGACAACAAAGUGUUGCGCAUGGUCUACUCGCAUCCGAUGGACGACGGCCAGCUGCGCACGUUCAAGGUCAAAUUCGAAGGCGAAGGCGCCGACGACUAUGGCGGACCGUACCGCGAGUUCUUUUCGCAGUUUGCCUCGGAGCUCCAGUCCAUCAAACCCGACUCGGCCGACUCGACCGACGGACUCCAGUGCAUCCUUCCGUUCCUGAUGCCAUGUCCCAACUGGCGCAACGGCGUCGGGUCGCACCGCGAGCGCUUCGUCUUGAACCCGUCCUUGCUUCGCUACGACGCCAAGUGGAACAAGGGCUCAGCGACGCACCCGGUCGACAACACGGGUCUUUUUUUGGAAAUGUACCAUUUUCUCGGGCAAAUUCUGGGCAUCAUCUUGCGCACCAAAGUGCUCGUGCGCAUCGACUUUGCCACGAGCAUCUGGAAGCGGCUCGUGGGGUCGCCCGUCGAUGCGUCCGACCUCGCUGCCGUCGACGCGUCCGCCUACGCGCUCCUCGAGCAGCUCAAAUCGCUCUUGGCGCAGCAUGGCACCGAGCCAGCGGUCGCCGAGGCGACGCUCGAUGCACUGGACCUCAAUUUUACCACGAAUCUCUCAGACGGUUCGAUGGUCAACCUCACGCCGGACGGCGCCGACCGACGGGUCACGUGGGCCGACCUGCCCGAGUACAUGGAGAGAGUCUUGGAGACACGACUGCACGAGAGCGACCGCGCGAUCGAUGCGAUCAAGCAAGGUUUGUGUACGAUCGUGCCGGCCAACGCCGUCGCGCUCUUCUCGCACGACGAGCUCGAGGUGCGCAUUUGCGGCCGAGCUGAAAUCGACGUCACGCUGCUCAUGGCGCACACCGAGUACGACGAAGACGUGAGCGCGGACGACGCGUUCGUGCAGCGCUUCUGGCGCGUGCUCGACGGGUUCAGCCAGGACGAUCGGUGCGCGUUUCUCCGCUUCGUCUCGGCGCGGUCCCGCCUGCCCAUGGACCAGCACGGGUUCACGCAAAAGUUCAAGAUCCAGGCGGCGUCGGGCGAGGGCAUGACGCAGAACCCGGACGACUCGCUGCCCAAGUCGCACACGUGCUUCUUCGCGCUCCUCUUGCCCAAGUACUCGACCGACGACGUGUGCCGCAAGCAGUUUCUCUACGCGAUCCACAACUGCCUCGAGAUGGACGGCGACUUUCGCCUCGCCGACACGGAGAUGACGGGCUGGAACGACGUGCACCCGAACGACGCGCUGCGCAUUUGAACCAGAAUAUAUAGUAGAGUAGGAGUAGGUGUAUAGGGUCCAUAUAACACGGCGACAAAGCCCGUGCUUGCUUCAGUCCGAGCAACUCGGAGAGAUGUGUCUCCAACUAGUC